UUAGUCAGUACGUAUUGCGAAUUCAAGCAAGUAGCUGCGAUAUGGGCUGCUGUUGUAAUUGUUCGAAUCGUACCAAGAAGGUUUGUUCCUUCGUUGGAGUGGUGAUCAUUUUUGGUCUGGCAGCAUUUUUUGGAUUUGGCCUACCAGCAAUAGUGGAAUCAAUGGCGCGGAAAGAAUUCAUAAUGGAACCAGGCAGUCAGGUCUAUGAAAACUGGAUUACAUCUGAAGUUCCUAAAUAUUUGGAUAUUUACAUUUGGGAUUGGAAAAAUCCUGAAGCUAUCACCGAGGAGAACAUUCCCUUACAAUUCGUCGAAAAGGGGCCGUAUGUGUUUUUGGAAGAUCACGAACGACAUGACAUAGAAUUUGAUUCAAAACACACUAUUACAUUCCGGCAGAAAAGAAUCUGGACGUAUGUUCCGGGCCAAUCGAAGGGAGAUUUUUACACCGACACCGUGACAACUCCUUCUACCUUCCUAAUGUCUGUUGGAAAAUUGGUAAAUGGUGAUCCAGAUAAAGCAAACUCGCUUGAUAAAAUUAUCAGACUAAACAAUUUGGUUGAUGGAAUUACUUACAAUAAUGUUCUCGUGCGAGAUAUUUUGUUUGAUGGGGUUGAAGAUAAACUGCUAGAUGCCAUGAAAAAGCUAAGUAGUCUUCUACCGGAAGGUGUCAAUGUACCUGACUUCGACGGGUUUGCAUAUUUUGCUGGUCGAAACACCAGCGUGGAGUAUGAUGGCAUUUUUCAAAUGGGAACGGGCACUGAUCAGUUUACUAACAGCGGUUUGCUAAGGACUUGGAAUAAUGAAUCGACUGUUCCGUAUUUCCGAGAUGAUUGUGGUAAGGUGCAUGGGUCAACUGGUCAGGUUAAUCCUCCCAUGUCAAGUGAUCAAAUUAGAAACCCGGAAGAUUAUCAUCUGUUUAUCACGGAUGUGUGCAGUGCCUUCAGCUUGAAGUACGAUAAAGAAGUAAAAUUUGAAGGACUAGAUGGAAUGGCUUGGAUUGGAGAUAGUCGGGUCUUCGAUAACGGACACCACUAUUCAGAAACGGAUUGCCAAUGCACGGCGCCAGUUGAUGAGUGCCCAGCUGUCAAGCCAGGCAUACUUGACAUUUCUGGAUGCAAAUAUGGCGCUCCGUUGUUUGUUAGUUUUCCACAUUUUUAUCUAGCAGACCAAACCUACCUGGUUCAUUUGGAUGGGCUUAAUCCCGCGCAUGAGCUCCACGAGUUCCAAUACAUUAUGCAUCCGUUUUCAGGAAUUCCGCUGCAAGUGAACGGCAGAUUGCAGUAUAAUCUGCAAGUGAAAGAUUACGGAUUGGAAUGUACAGAAGGCUUACGUGAUUUGGUGUUGCCGCUAUUCUGGGUUAAUCAACGAGUAGCUUUAACGUCGGAAAAAAUUGACGAUUUGAAGACUGUUGACACGCUUCGGGCGGUUGGAAUUUACAUAGGUUUUGCGUUACUUGGCGUUGGUAUCAUAUGGCUUGGAGUGACUCUCUACUGCUGUAUAUACGUGUGGAAAAAUCCGAAAACAAGCGUUUAAAUGUGUACACAAUAGGAACAAUUGUUUUUAUCGGUUUAAAGUAUAUUCCUAAGUAAAUAAUCUGAACUUAAUGUUCAGACUAGUUUCAAGUA